GGAGGCCCAGAUGGGGGAACCCCAGGUUGGGGCCCCCCUGGACGAUGGCAGCGGCUGGACAGGCAGUGAAGAGGGCAGUGAGGAGGGUACCGGCGGCAGUAAAGGGGCUGGAGGAGAUGGGGGCCUGGAUGCAGAGGGUGUCUGGAGCCCAGACAUUGAGCAGAGCUUCCAGGAGGCCCUGGCCAUCUACACGCCCUGCGGCCGCCGGAAAAUCAUCCUGUCCGAUGAAGGCAAGAUGUAUGGUCGGAAUGAACUGAUUGCCCGCUACAUCAAGCUGAGAACGGGGAAGACCCGAACUCGCAAACAGGUCUCUAGUCACAUCCAGGUUUUGACAGGAAGGAAAUCAAGGGAAAUCCAGUCCAAGCUGAAGGCCCUGAAUGUGGACCAGGUUUCCAAGGACAAGGCUUUCCAGACCAUGACUACUAUGUCCUCGGCGCAGCUCAUCUCUGCACCUUCCCUGCAGGUCAAACUGGGUCCUGCUGGUCCUCAGGCCUCUGAGCUUCUCCAGUUUUGUUCAGGGGGCUCUGGACCCCCCUGGAAUGUUCCAGACGUGAAGCCAUUCUCACAGCCACCGUUCUCCUUGUCACUGACUCCCCCAGCUACUGACCCCCCAGGGCAUGAGCCCCCCCAAGCUCUCUCACCCCUGCCUCCACCUGCCCCAUCACCCCCAGCCUGGCAGGCUCGAGCCCUGGGCACUGCCUGGUUGCAGCUGGUGGAGUUCUCGGCCUUCGUGGAACCGCCGGCUGCGGUUGACUCUUAGCAGAGGCACCUGUUUGUACACAUCAGCCAGCACUGCCCCAGCCCCGGAGCACCCCCGCUGGAGAAUGUGGACGUCCGGCAGAUCUACGACAAAUUCCCCGAGAAAAAGGGUGGUCUUCGAAAGCUGUACGAUCGUGGGCCCCCACACGCCUUUUUCCUGGUCAAGUUCUGGGCGGACCUGAACUGGGGCCCAAGUGGAGAGGAGGCAGGCGCUGGUGGUGGCAGCAGCAGCGGUGGCUUCUACGGAGUGAGCAGCCAGUAUGAGAAACUGGAGCACAUGACCCUCACCUGUUCCUCCAAGGUCUGCUCCUUUGGCAAGCAGGUGGUGGAGAAGGUGGAGACGGAGCGGGCCCAGCUGGAGGACGGGAGAUUCGUGUACCACCUACCGCGCUCGCCCAUGUGCGAGUACUUGGUGAAUUUCUUGCACAAGUUGCGGCAGCUGCCUGAGCGAUACAUGAUGAACAGCGUCCUUGAGAACUUCACCAUCCUCCAGGUGGUGACAAACACAGGCACCCAGGAAUUGCUGCUGUGCACCGCCUACGUCUUCGAGGUCUCCACCAGUGAGCACAGAGCCCAGCACCACAUAUACCGCCUGGUCAGGGACUGAUGGGGGACCCCAAAACUGGGUCGCCCCCAGAACACUCUCCUCCCAGGAGGGACCCUCCAGUUCUCCUCAUGCUACUUAUUUAGGGAGGGGGCUGUGAUUUAAAGGGGCUGACCUCAGAGGCCUAAGCAAUAGGGGACCCCAAAACUUGGUUGGUGAGCUGAACAGGCUGGAACCGACAAAAGAACAGACUCUGAUAGUGGGACCUCACAGGGGGUGUCUGAAAGGACAGAUCACUCCGGAGCAUCAGGGAUUGAGGACAGCAGUGAGAGAACUUUCAGGUACACUUCUCAGCC